AUGCAAAGCAAGAAAGAGAAAUGAGCUUGAACUAUCGAGAUAUCUGCUCAGAAUAGAACAGAUUUAUACAGCGGUACAACCAAUGUCUAUGAAUAACAUCGACAACACCGAUCUCACAAAGCCAGAGAAGAGAAAUGCCUUCUCUGAGCUCAUGUCCAGCAGGGGCAGGCAGCAGAGACACAUAAGGGAACACAACAAUGAAGCGAAAGAAUGCCAGUCAUACUCCUUCUCCGCCCGUGACGGACUAGGCCCGUACAUCGCUCACCCAGAAUCCCACUCUGCAAACACCGUGGUCUACUACAAUGAUGACUUCGUCGUGAUUCACGACAAAUUCCCCAAAUCCACCCUCCACCUUCUCCUACUCCCGCGAGAUACAGAAAAGACUCGACUCCAUCCAUUCGAUGCAUUCGAGGACAUUGAGUUUCUGAAUAAGGUCAAAGCGGAAGUGAAGAAACUACGUCCUCUGGCGGCCAGUGAACUCAGGAGGCAGUUUGGGAAGUACUCUGCGCAGGAGGCAAUGAGACAGGAAGCGUUAAAUGCCGAAACUCCGCCGGAUGAGUUGCCGGCUGGUAGGGAUUGGGAUAAGGAGAUCAUGUGUGGGGUUCAUGCGCAUCCGUCUAUGAAUCAUUUGCAUGUCCAUAUUAUUUCGAUGGAUAGGCAUAGUGAGCGGUUGAAGCAUAGGAAGCAUUAUAAUAGCUUCUCUACGCCGUUCUUUGUUAGAAUUGAGGAUUUCCCGCUCGCAAGGGAUGACCCUAGGAGGCAUCCCGGGAGAGAGGGUUACUUGCGGUGGGAUUUCGUAUGCUGGCGCUGUGGGAAUAAUUUCGGAAACAGAUUUUCGGAACUCAAGAGGCAUUUGGAGGAGGAGUUUGAGCAUUGGAAAAGGUUGUAA